GCCAUUUUGCUUUAGCUUUUAUUUUCUUUAUGGGUAAGGAGAUUCGAUUUUAUUGUAUGCUUAGCUUUUCUUUGGUUGUAUGCGCAGCCUUUCCAUUUUCCUGCCCUUAGCACAGCAAUUUGUAUUUUCCCUCCUCUUACUUUUUAACGCACAUUUUUCAAUAAAUUAUUUUUAUUCACAAAGUUCUUAUCACAUCCUUAAACCCAAAUUUGCAUUUAUAAUCUGAAUUUUCAAGCUAAAUACACACGGCUUAAUGACACCCCCACAUCCACAGACAUCGGCGUACAAUGGUCUUAUUUUGGCGGCGGCAGAGGGGGCAGGGAAUCUAGUUCAGUUGGUCCGUGGGUGGCAGACACCGCUGCGCGAGUUUCAAGCUGAUGUUUUGAGCAGUGCUCUUGGUCAGGCCAGCCUGCAGGCGAGUUCGCUGGUAUUUGUACAGAUAGUUAUUGACGCGGCCAAUCUGGCAACUACGGCGGAGCACUACAAAUUGGUCGAGGCAGCCAUGGUGCGGAUUGGCAGCGGCGAAGUGCAGUUUGCAGAUGUUGUGCGUGUUCCCGAAAUGCUGCAGCGGCUGACGGGUGCGCUGGAAAGGCUGGCCGGCGCUUUGGGCGACUAUGCACAGGUGGGCAGGCUGCUGGCAGACAUCGUCGAGGCGCUGAACUCACAGAUGGCCGCUGAUGGCAUCAGCGAACAGCCGGGCAAGGCGUUGCGCAGGCAGCGGCUUGGUGGGGGCUCGGGCAUCCGGCUGACGCCGCUGCACGUCGAGUGUGUGCGGCAGUGUGUUCUGGCGCGGCGCCGCGCAUUGAGCGAGCGCGUGGCGCAAACGGUGGUCUCUGUUCCAUUUGCGGCUCUGGGCAACUUUGUGAGCGGCGACCGCGCGCGCGCCAUGAUGGAGUUUAGGCUGUACGGUGGCAUGGUGUGCGCGUCGCUGGGGUCGGACGCGGCAUGGGUCGAGGCGCAGCGGCAAUGGUCGCUUGUCUUUGCGCUCCCGGGCCGCCACACCAGCGCCAUCCAGGCAGCAGCGUUCAAGCGGCUCACGCUGGCGCACAUCAUGCUUGACGGCUCGCGCGCGCGGCUGCCAAAGUUCCUAGCCAGCCAGCACGCGCGCGCCAUUGAGCUCAGCGCGAAGUACUACGCGCUGCUUGCCGACGCGUGCGUUGGCGCCAAGACGCUGGCGCCGGCCAUGGCUCGGCUCAGCGAGAUGCGGCGCGUGCUGACAGUGGACCAGAACGCGGCGCUGGCCGAGGCCGUCAUCAUGCGGCUGCCUGCGCACGUCAUCCGCCGUGUCGGCACCAUCUACUCGAGCAUUCGACUGGGCCAGCUGGCCGACACCAUCGACUUUAGUGUGCACCCGCUGGCCGACAGCAGUGGCGGCAAGGACCGCCUGGCCGCAUCGCUGGCACGCUUCAUUCGCACAAUGGGGGACCCUUGCGUUGUUGUCGACGACGAAAGCGACGGCGGCGGUGGCGCGGCGCCGCCAGUGAGUGCGUCGACGACCGUGCGCUUUGUGCCUGCGCGGGCCACGCUGCCAGCCCUGCCCAACAUGGCGGCGCCAUCGGCGGCCGAGCGCAUAGUGACCGAGCAGCAGUGGGCCGAGGCCAUUCAGGCUAAGAUCGCUGAAACAGAGCAGCUGCGCGAGCGGCUGAACCGCUUGGACCGGCACCUGGCGCUGACUGAUGAGUAUGCGGCGAAUUCGCGCGAGCAGCCCGUGGCCAACGCAUGAGAGGGGCCGAGAAGGGUAAACACUGAAAUGCAUGUAGCUUCCAGCCAAUCAGGCGCGUCCAUAUUUUUAUGAUACUUUGCGUCAACAAUGAAAAUUUUAUUUCUCUUUUUCAGCGCUUCUAUUU